AUGCAUGUCCUCAUCGCUGUUGCCAGCCUCCACGGCUCAGUCGAUCCACACGCCAAGGCUCCUUCGAUUCCCGUGAUGGGCGUUCCCGUGAUGAACGGCUUGACGCUCCUCGAUCAACUCGUGACGAGCAUAGACCACCCAGUGCACAAACUCGUCCUCGUCCACAACCUGGACGACGGCCAGCCGAAUGCGGAAGUGUGCGCGUGGACCGCACGAAUGAGGAAGUCUCCGCCCAACCAUGUCAAGCAGGUCUCGGUCGUCACAUACCGUGAGAACCUUGGGUGUGCCGCAGCUUGGAACACGAUCAUGCUACAGAACCAACAGUCGCCGUGGUGGCUAAUCGUGAACGCAGACGUCUCCUUCAGGCCUGGCACGCUUCGAACGAUCGCGUCCCACGUUUGGGCGGGGCUGCUGGCUUCAACGCCUGGAGGACGAGACCCAGUGUGCAACUGGCUGUUCCACGGCUGGAGCGCCUUUGCUCUCGCCAACCGUGCCCUUCACCGCGUGGGCACCUUCGACGAGAACUUUUGGCCUGCCUAUUCGGAGGACUACAGCUCCCUCAGUCCGAUCAACCCGGAUCGGUACCCUCGCUGGGUCCACCCCCUGUUGAAGAUCGUGUCUUCCCUCACGGGAUCGGUGUCUAUUGCGCACGAGACGAGCUCCACGUUCAAAGCGAACUCCUCGAGCCGGCUGCAUCGCACUGUGAAAAGUGGCAAGAACAACAACGACUAUCUUAGCAGCAAGUGGGGCACGAAAUUCAAAUAUUGCCAGGAAGGGCCUCUGCAGACAAACGCGACGGUCCCAAUCCGAUGGCGUUUGGAUAAAGCAAGGCGCCGCAAGCGAGGGGGGCCGCCGCGGUGCGUCGCGUGUGACGCGCAUGGGCGCGCCGUGAGAGCGGGGCAGCACGUUGUAAUUCAGGACGACAGCGAGCAAGCCUGCGGAUCCACGCCUUGA